AUGCAGCAGCAGCAGCAGCAGCAGCAGCAGCAGCAGCAGCAGCAGCAAGGGACCCUAUGCUGCGCCACCAUCAAGCAGAGACGGAGACAGUUUAUAAAAAUAAAAAAAAACAGAGGAGAGCAGCAGCAGCAGCAGCAGCAGCAGCAGCAGCAGCAACACCAAUACAAACACCCCACCAUCACCAUCACCACCACCACCAUCACCAUCACCACCACCAUCACCAUCACCAUCACCAUCACCAGCACCAUCACCAGCAGCAGCAGCAGCAGCAGCAGCAGCACCACCAUCACCAUCACCAGCACCAUCACCAUCACCAGCAGCAGCAGCAGCAGCAGCAGCACCACCAUCACCAUCACCAGCACCAUCACCAUCACCAGCAGCACCAGCAGCAGCAGCAGCAGCAGCACCACCAUCACCAUCACCAGCACCAUCACCAUCACCAGCAGCAGCACCAGCAGCAGCAGCAGCAGCAGCAGCAGCAUCACCAUCACCAUCACCAUCACCAUCACCAGCACCAUCACCAGCAGCAGCAGCAGCAGCAGCAGCAGCAGCAGCAGCAGCAGCAGCAGCAGCAGCUCACGAGUUUGA